AUUGGUCCGUUGCUACUUCCGGAUACAGAGUCCCGUAUGUUUCAAAACAGAGGUAUUUCGGAGUCCGCUAGUCUUCUCAGAGCUUCCUAAAAUAUUCAGGUCCACUAUGUCUAAUGAAGACUUAAUUUCAGUGGAUUAUGAGAUUUUUGGCAGAGUGCAAGGUGUAUUCUUUCGGAAAUACACUCAAGCAGAAGGGAAGAAGCUUGGCCUGGUUGGCUGGGUCCAAAACACGGGUGCAGGAACUGUCCAGGGGCAGAUACAGGGUCCUCGCAGCAAGGUGAUAGAAAUGCAAGAAUGGCUGAAAUCCACUGGGAGCCCCAAGUCACAUAUAACCAAGGCGGAGUUCAAGAAUGAGAAUAGAGUUGACAGCCUAGAACACUCUUCUUUUAAAAUAGUAAAAUAAAAUAAUCCAUAUUUUGUCUGUAAUAUUAACUUUAAAGAAGCUGUUUUAUUUAUUUAGUCUUUUAUUUAUUUGUUGGUAUGCAGCUCAUGUACUCAAAUAUGUGUGUUAGGACUCCUUACCUUGUACAGUAUAUUGAAUUACAUUAAUAAAUGGAAACAUCCUUUCAACAGCCUAAUAACACAAAU